AUGAAUCCAAUUACUGUCAAUCCUACUGUCUCCCAGACUGAAAAACCCGACGCUGUUAACCAAUGCUCUAUUAUGUAUACCGUCACUGGGCCCGGUGCCCCUGCUACUGGUGAAGACCCUUACGCUGCAAGUGCCUUCGCUAUACAAGAUCUUAUAUCUCUCUCCUCACUUAUGGGUUACGUUCGUUGUACAAAGAUCUCAUAUCUUCCUCCCUACUCACCUCUGGGUUUUCUAUUAUAA